GCCAGCCGCUCCACGCAGUAUCCCGGCAUUCUCAGCCCUCACCCAGAAUGCUUUGCGUGGGAACGUCCGCUUCUCGAGAAGACCGGCGGCAGCAUCGCUAGAUAUUUGAAGAUAUUUAAAAUACUAACAACCCAAAGAUCUGACAAUGUCAGAAGCUAUGCAGGAAAAACUGAAGAACUACAGAACGGCUCCAUUCGAUGCCCGCUUCCCCAACACCAACCAGACCAAACACUGCUAUGAGAAUUACUUGGAUUAUCAUCGCUGUAAUAAGGCAAUGAGUGCAAAGGGCCAGGAAGUCACUCCUUGCCAGUGGUAUCGUCGGGUCUACAAAAGCCUGUGCCCAGUGUCUUGGGUGUCAAAAUGGGAUGAGCAGGUUGAGAACGGCAGCUUCCCUGGAAAGGUGUGACUCUCUUUCACGCCGGAUCGUGAACACUGGCCGUCUCCGAGAAUAAACUGAAGCCUUUCAGUUUUCAUGGCCCAGACCCAAUCAAGUCUCCUGCUGCGCUGUUCACAGCUGACAGUGCUCGCCUCUUUACGCACUUCAGGUGCCGCACCAAAGGACUCCAUUUCUGGUUGGCGAGGUGGAAAUCAACACACCGCUUAUUGUGUUUUAGCUGUCGUGCCUUAUGAUGUUAAUCAUGAAAUGUCUGAAUGUGGCUGAAGGUCAGUUUCACUGAACAGAGAAUAAAUAUAAAUGUUAGA